AUGCGAACCAAAUCAUCGGUAUCAACAUCUGCUGCAUCCGAGAUGCUCUGGUAGUGACUUGUAACAUAAGAUGUUGCCACGUCCAAGCUGGCAGCAUGCGGGUCGAAGGCCUUUGCAAGGGCUGACCAGAACACCCUGUCUCAUAUCACUGCCUGGGGCAAGUGCAUUCCCCAAACCGAGGCAAGCACCAUGGACAACACCCAUCAGAUAUGUGUCCCUUCAAGCUGGCGAAGACAAGACCGGCCACAUCAGCGCAGGAUCAAAUGAAGGGAUUUUGUUCUUCAACAAUGUGUAUCCCAUUUCCAUUCGAAGAAUCUUGGGGUUACCCGCACCUAGACUACUGGAUCGCCUCGUUGCUCCACUCAUCUCAGGAACCGGACCCCAACAGGUCAUUGAAAGGGCCAAGGCAAAGAAGGGUUUACAAAUUACUGCUUCUGAGGUUUUACCACGCAUGAGGGAAGGCGGGGCGUUUGUCAAGUUCACCCAUGAUGGAACCGUAUCAACCUCCGAAAUUGAGAAAGUGCUUCAACAGUACCUGAGGGAUGAGCCUGUCAAGCCAUGGUGGGCGCCGUUCCGACGCAUGCGUACCAAGAUCGUCAAGGGCCGUCCCUGGGUCGAGGACUUGAUGCGCAUGCCAGCACCAAGACUGAGAGUCGAAUUCAUUUCUGGAGAACCAGGAGGCAACCCCGUAGAUGCUGUCGAACUGUCACAAGAAGAGCUAUUUCAGUUCUUCCGACCUUACGGAAAGCUCUCGGAUAUCGUAAUGCAGCCUCCGGAUUCGAAAGUUCUGCCGAAGUUUGCGCAUAUCGACUUCUCGACCAUAGGCAAAGCGAUUAUGGCCAAGAAUUGUAUGCAUGGCUACCUUGUCUCGCAAGCUGAAGGCGGUGGAGCGAAGGGCACCAUCUUGCGAUUGAAGUACGAACAGAAGAUCAAGCCGAGAUGGAUCAGAGACUGGCUCUUUAGUCACCCUAGGAUUGUCAUACCCAUUCUCGCAGCAAUCAUAGCUGGUAUCACUGUAGCCAUCUUCGAUCCGAUCCGAACCUUCUUCGUCAAGGCACACAUCACCAGAGUACUGCACCUGGAGGAUAACAGACUCUACAAGUGGCUCAAAGGAUACGCUGAGGAUUUCAUCCGCGGCAAGAGAGACGACGAUGAAGCUGGCAUGGACGCUAUCUGGGACGACCGUAAAAGCAACAUCGAACAGGUUCAGACGUGGCUCAUGGAAACGGCCGAUACCUUUAUCAUUGUACAAGGUCCUCGAGGCUCCGGCAAGAGGGAACUAGUCGUCGACCAAGCUCUCGCGGACAAGAAGCUCAAGCUUGUUAUUGACUGCAAGCCCAUUCAAGAAGCCCGUGGCGACAGCGCGACCAUCAGCGCUGCCGCUAGCUCUGUCGGCUACAAGCCUGUCUUUUCCUGGAUGAACAGCAUCAGUGGCAUGAUCGACAUGGCUGCCCAAGGUGCGACGGGUGUCAAGACUGGAUUCUCGGAGACCCUCGAUUCUCAGCUCAGUAAAAUCUGGAAUACUACUACUACCGCACUCAAGCAGAUUGCACUUGACAAGCGGCACAAGACUGAUAAAGACGCCGGUCUGGGCGACGAUGAGUGGCUUGAAGCCCAUCCCGAGCACCGACCCAUCGUAGUCAUUGACAACUUCCUGCACAAGAGCAACGAAGGCGGUAUCGUCUAUGACAAGAUCGCUGAGUGGGCUGCUCGCCUGACGACGGCCAAUAUCGCGCAUGUCAUCUUCUUGACCAACGAUGUGUCCUUUAGCAAAUCGCUCUCGAAAGCCCUUCCCGACCGCGUCUUCCGCCAAAUCUCCCUUUCCGAUUGCUCGCCUGAGGUCGCUAAGCGCUACGUAGUUACCCACUUGGACGCUGAUGUUCAAGACGAUCCUGUGCCUCACGGGAAGGAGCCCAAGCCGGUUCCUUCGCAGUCACGCACGGACCUUGACGAAUUGGAUACCUGCAUUGAGCUGCUUGGUGGUCGACUUACAGAUCUCGAAUUCCUGGCACGAAGGAUCAAGGCAGGCGAGACACCCCAAAAGGCAGUCCACGAGAUGAUCGAUCAGUCCGCCUCUGAAAUACUCAAGAUGUAUAUCUUUGGCGCGGAGGACGAGGGUGGAAGCAGGCAUUGGAGUGCGGAGCAGGCGUGGAUGCUGAUCAAGGAGCUUGCGCAGAAGGAAAGCUUGCGUUACAAUGAUGUGCUGCUUGACGACAUCCUGAAGACAGGUGGCGAGACUGUUCUGCGUGCUCUCGAGCAAGCUGAGCUUAUCUCUAUCCAGUCUGGACCCAAUGGACGACCAUCGGCCAUCAAGCCUGGCAAGCCGGUGUACCACCCAGCGUUCAAGCGUCUCACAGAAGACAAAGUGCUGAAGAGCCGUCUUGACCUUGCAAUCCUUACGCACUUGACCAAGAUCGAGAGCGCAACAAUCGACAAGUGCGAGAACGAGUUACUGUUGCUUAGUAAGCUCAAGAGCCAGCCGGCACAGAUGGCAGGGAGGGCGAACUACCUGCUCAACAAGAUGAUGGUGAGCCAGGAGAAGGUGGAGAAGUACGAGACUGAGAUGAAGGGCUUGAAGAAGGUUCUUGGUCAGGAGUAUUGAUCGUUGGGCUUGUAAAGAUACCACUCUCCUAUCGUUCAGAUAUAUAGCAUACCCCAGAGUUUGACAUAGGUUGUUCCUC